AGCCGUACAGCCGGGUCCUCAGCGCUCUCUGUCCCUGCCCCGCCAGUGUGAUGGCGCCGCGCUCCACAGCCGGCUGUCGAGGCGUGCGGGCAACGAUGGUGCCCGCGUGGUCGCUGUGCGUCUUUCUGUGUCUGGUGGUGCCGCCGGGUCAGCUGGAGGCCGCCCAGGUGUUGGGGCUGUUCCAGUCGGUCGGCCGCAGCCAGUGGGGGCUGGCCGAGACCUUCCUGAGGGCGCUGGAGCAGCGGGGCCACUACGUCACCACCGUCACCACCUUUCCCUCCAGCCGGACGGACGGCAACUGGACGGAGAUAAUCGUAGCCAACCCUUACACUGCCGCAGGUGACUUCAACGCCUUCGAAAUACUACCGUCAGGUUUCCUCGGAACACUGAAGAUAUUUUUUGACUCUGGAGAUGCAAUGUGUCACUCGAUUCUGGGGGACGAAAACGUACAAAAUCUGUACAGAUCUGGAAAGAAGUUCGACGUGGUCGUGCUGGAGCCCUUCUUCACCGAGUGCCUGCUGGUGCUCGCACACAACUUCAGGGCGCCCAUGGUCGUGCUGUCCACCUUCGCAGGGACUGACUGGAUGGCCGACAUGGUGGGCAACCCCACCCCGUAUGCCUACGUUCCCAAUAUUUUCCUCGAACUUACAACACACAUGAACUUCCUUGAACGGGUACAGAACACCUUGGCUGGUGUAAUUCCAAGUAUUGUUCGGCAAUUAUACUAUCUGCCAAGGCUUGACGCCAUUGCACAAAUGUACCUGAACGACACGGAAUUGCCCAAGUUAUCAGAGAUUGAAAAGCAAGUAUCUCUUUCAUUAAUUAAUUACCACUUCACGCAUGGAUGUCCAAGACCACUGGUGCCAAACAUGGUGGAAGUUGGAGGUCUGCACAUAAAAUCGCCGAAGGCUCUUCCUGAGGACAUCCAGCGGUUUCUGGACGGGGCGGACGCCGGCGCCGUGUACUUCAGUAUGGGCUCCAACGUGAAGAGCAGAGACUGGCCCGAGGAGAAGCGGCAGGCCUUCCUGAGGGUGUUCUCCAGGCUGGAACAGCGCGUGCUCUGGAAGUGGGAGGCCGACUCCCUGCCUGGACAGCCCCCGAACGUCAAGACAGGCAAGUGGCUGCCGCAGUCGGACAUCCUCGCCCACAAGAACGUGCGCGCGUUCAUAACGCACGGCGGACUGCUGAGCACGCAGGAGGCGAUGGCGAGGGGUGUGCCGCUGGUCGGCGUGCCCGUCUUCAUGGACCAGAAGCUCAACGUGAUGCUCGCCGCCAAGCAGGGCUACGCCGUCAGGCUGGAGCUCCACAACAUCACCGAGGCCUCCAUUGGGUGGGCGCUCGGCGAGGUGCUCAACGUCCCCAGGUACCGUGAGAGAGCCCAACACCUGUCCCGCAUCUUCAACGACCGGCCGAUUCACCCUCUGGACGAGGCUGUCUACUGGACGGAGUACGUGAUCCGCCACCGGGGAGCGCCACACCUCAGGUCUGCCGCGCUGGACCUCUCGUGGUUCCAGUACCUGCUGCUAGAUGUCGUCGCUGCGCUGCUGCUCGCGCUCCUGGUGGUCAGUUGUGCGAUAAGAGUCGUCAUGCGGCGUCUGUGCAGAGUUACGGCUCGAACUGGAUCCAGAAGAAGAGGAAAAUCGACCAAGAAAGACUAACGGUGUCGUGUUCGUCACAGGAAUUUUUCCCAGUGUGCGUGUGGUGUAAAUGUGAUGUCGCCGUUGGACGGUCUUCCAGAGUAGACGCAGUAGGCAGUUGCUCCGAGUCGCUUGUAGUGCCCUGCAACUAGGCCAACUAGAAACGACUCCCUUUCUACGCAAGGAAGUAAGACAGAGCUUAAGUUCUACUCGUGAUGGCACUUCACAACUUAUGUGGACCACAACAAAAUUUCUCUCGUUUAUCCACUGUACUAAAAGAACUUUGCAUAAGAUUCGAGUUACCCUGUCUGUAACUACCUACCUUCAUUAAGGAAUACCUAGUACAGAAAAUCAUCGAUUACAGCUUUGUUGGUGUAUCCAUGACAAUCGUCACACUUUUACAACACUUUCCUGCAUUAUGGAGUGGUUUGUGAGGCCACAUACUGCUAGUUAGAAUGAAAAAAAUUUCGAGAGAUUGGAAAAAAAAAUCAGCCAACAGCCUGCAAACCAAAGGUUUAUUUAGCCCUUGACCUAGGUUUCGAUAUUUCUAAAAAUAUCUUCUUCAGGAGGAGUGGGCCUUGUUACAUCGCAUGGUGGUAAAUUACAUUAGCUGAAGCUGAGCGGCUGUUGUCAUAUAUGAAAUUGAUAUGAAAACCAGAAAGAUAGUGUGGUACUGUGAAAAGUGGCAAUCUGUUUAUCUACAUCUAAUAAACUACAACAAAAACUAAUACAUAAUAUUAAGUGUAAUCAUGAUCCAUAUUCAGACUCUGGAACAUACAAGAUAACAUGCCAGGAAUGCUCCAUGUUCUACCCGUGACAAACACGCCGAAAUUUGAACAGCAGGUACACAGAGGACAUUAAGGCUUACACGUACAACCGACUUACUACAUCAGCCAUAGCAACACACAUACAUAAUACAGGACACCAUUUUGGAAAAAUAGAACAAAGUGUCAAAGUACUCCACCGACUAAAUAAAGGAUAUAAAACGGAUUUGCUAGAAGAACUGGAGAUAUAUUCACAUUACAGAAAAUAUGUAGAAAAUAUUAAACGAAAAACUUGAAAGUGAAUCAGUGAAUUUCUUCAGAUGUUUCAAUAGUAUACUUACAUAAAAAUAGUGACACAUAGAAAUAAGCACAAUUGUAAAAUCGAUAUAAGUAAAUUAUGAUCCAAAUUUUUAAGGUAAAUAACCUCUGUUCAAAAACAUAUCAUACUCUGUGGAACACCUAUAAUGUUAUCUCUGUUGACUACUUGUGGGAACAUCUUUGUAACUGUUUUAUUUAUGUAAGAUAUUUUCGAUGUUUAAAGUGUACAGCAAGUUAUGUGUGAUGUUUAGUAAGUAUGAGACUCUGCAC